AUGGCGAAGGCGUGCAGCGCAGGCAGGAUGGAGCGCUGUACGUGUGACGAGGCUCCAGACCUAGAGAACAGGGAGGCCUGGCAAUGGGGAGGCUGCGGGGACAACCUGAAAUACAGCAACAAGUUUGUAAAGGAGUUUCUGGGGAAAAAGUCUGACCGGGACCUCCGAGCCCGUGUAGAUUUACAUAAUACGAACGUAGGAAUUAAGGUAGGUACAUCACUGUAUGGAACUUGUAUCUCUUUCCAGGACAUGAAGACCACUUGCAAAUGCCACGGGGUUUCCGGAUCCUGCACAGUCCGCACCUGCUGGAGACAGCUUUCGCCUUUCCACGAAAUUGGAAAACAACUGAAGCAAAAAUACGAGACUUCUCUCAAAGUAGGAAGCACCACCAACGAAAAGCCCGUUUCUGGUCACAGCGACCAAAUACCAAGGACUACAGACCUUAUCUACAUUGAUGACUCUCCGAGCUUCUGUCGGAUGAGUAGGUUUUUUUCUCCCGGCACGGCGGGGAGGAGGUGUUACAAAGACAAAAACUGCGAGAGCAUUUGCUGCGGUCGGGGACAUAAUACUCAGAGCAAGGUGGUGACGAGGCCUUGCCAGUGUCAGGUCCGCUGGUGCUGCUAUGUGGAAUGUAAACAGUGCACACAGAGAGAGGAGGUCUACACGUGUAAAGACUAA